AUGGAUCCUCGCUCGCACCCGUCGCGACCUCCGUCAACCUCGCUGCCCCAGGGCUCAACUCCCCUCUCGAACAUGCCAAUGCCGCAGUACCAGAUGCAGCCGCCCUACCCGGUCUCGCAACCUCACACCUUGCCGCCGCUGCAGCCUCAUCAUAGCCAGUCUCCAGCGCCGUACAUGGGCCAGUCGUAUCGUCCCGACAUGGCGCGUUUCCCGGCCACCUCGGCUCACGACGUGUACGCCACCUCGGCCGGCCCAAUUGGACCACACACGCCCGUGAACAGUCUGCCGCCCACCUCGUUCCUGGCUCACCCGGGGCAGCCCCAAGGCCAGCCGCCGCAGGGAUACCAAUCCCCUCAAACCUUGUUGCCACCCACGACCGCGCCCCAGACCUACCCGCAACCCAUCGCGCCCGCCCCGCCCCGCGACCGCCGCCCGGACUACACGACAUUGCCAUCGGGUGCCUUCAGUCACCCGGAGGGAAAGCCUCCCAUGUGGGCGAGUGCCGAUGGACUGGCCGCCGCCAAUGGCUUGGCUCCGCUGCCUGGCAAGGAACCCCCGCGCACCCAAGUCGUGGGAUCCCAAGGUCGACGAGGCAUUCUCCCCAGUGUGCCCGGACGCGCUGCGGUCCCCAACGGUGUGAACGGAGGCGCGAAGAGCACGACCAUUCCCGCCAAGGAUGCCGAUGGCAAGUUUCCUUGCCCUCACUGUACCAAGACAUACCUGCAUGCGAAGCAUCUCAAGCGCCAUCUUUUGAGACAUACCGGCGACCGCCCCUAUAUGUGCGUGCUCUGCAAGGACACGUUCUCCCGAAGCGAUAUCUUGAAACGACACUUCCAAAAGUGCUCGUUACGCCGAGGUAACCCCACAGGAGCGAGCCAUCUCUCGCAUCCUCAGGCACACCUGAAACGGUCCCAAGCGGCGGCCAAUGCCGCAAAGCCCAUUCAGGAAGAAGUCAGUAACUCCAUCCCGCCUUCCAAUGGUAUUGCGGGUACGACUUUUGGCGACGCGCCCGUGAACGGCCACGGACUGGCUCCGCCCGGCCUCACGGAGCAGCAGCCUCUGGGAUAUUCAAUGUCCUCUGUCCACGGACUGAACAACGGCGACGCGUUCAGUCCUGGCCCGGCAGAUCAGAGAGCGUCCUGGAUGGCUGCUCACAAGCCGAGCCCGUACCUUGUCCACUCUGGUUCUGAAGCUCAUGGUGGCCACCAUCUGAAUAAUAUUGACCGUCAUUCAAUUGAACAGGCUAAACCUCCUAUGAUUCACGAUCCGAAGCGUCCAGUGAUGCCCGGCCAACAGCCGCCCAACCACGAGCUCGACUGGGCCACCAUGUUCCAGCCGGGCGCGCCCGAGGGCUACAUGAACCCCGUAUUCCCGCAGUCGAUGGCUCCCACUCACGAGCCUAUUCACACGCAACAAGUGGAUGCGGACCGUAAAUACUACCCCACCACGACCGGCGGACCACACCAGGAUGGCGGAUUGAACGGCCUUUAUUUGGCUUCCACGAGCCUAAGCGGAGACGGUAUGCGCAAUCCCAGCGGAGUCCAGAACAAUGAAAAGACCAAUCCACAAGAGCCUAUACCUAUAGCUACUUGA